CUUCUUGUGAGAAUAGAUGCUCUGGGCCUCAUGGGCUUUUUCAAGAAAUGGCUUUCUCAGAAUUAUCUCCAGCUAAAGCUGUACUGCUUGCUGUCCAGCUAGCUAGCAAAGCCGACAUCACAACGCUCAGAACGCUCGUUUAUCUCCAUCGAAAGACCCUCCGUACAGAACUCGUCCUGCGCAUUCUCUUAAGCCACCUCCCAGAGAGUCUUGAUUCUUCGGAUUACGUUCCAUUUCUGGAGGACUUGCUGGCAGGAAAUCUUUCAGAGAGCUCUGAAAUCAAUAUCGAUACGACUUUCCUCGACGAACUCAGCGAUUCUGAUGCGAAAAAGAAGGUCCGGAAACUCAACCUUCUGCCUUUAGCAUGGCCAGAUGCUCCCGCAGAUGCACCAACAGACCCUCUCGUACUAUUCCUCAUACAUCGAUCAAUACGAAUCGACCAAAAUACCGGUCUCAUCACGCAAGUGCCAGAAUUACUUGCUCCUUUCCUGCACCAUUCUCCAGAGCUACGAACAUGGAUGAUUUCUAUCAUACUCCCAUUACUACGCCUAAACUAUGAGUACCACCCAAACGAAAGUGCAGGUCUCACAAUACCUAAAUUUGAAUCCUUAGACGAUCGGUCUGGAGUAGCAUUACUUUUGGAGCAUACUGGAAGAGUAGACAUCAGUCAUGAUACAACAGUUGGACGAGAUCUACGGGGAUUAGUUGGGCCAUGGUUGUAUGGCGAUACCAGGCUCAAACGAAGAAAGCUCCAAAAGAGCGCUUCCUUCAGUGUACAGUCUCCUGAAUUCCACAACGAGCAAUCGAGUGUGAACCACAAAUAUACUGGGUGGGAAGAAGUUAUGAGAUGGUUGAUCAAUCAAGCUGAGAGCUCGUGGAAAACGGCUGUUGAGGUUAUCGAACAAUGGGAUGGCCCGGGCGAUGUGGACCUUGGAGGGUAUGAAGAUAGUACCAUGUGGCUGGACGAAGACGAUCAGCAGCAUCUAGAACGAAGAUAUGCUCGAUCAGCAUUGGCAGUUGCAUAUCUUAUCACAGAAGAAACCGAGGAAGCCUUGAAAGGAAUUCAACGAAUAUUGACACGGAUCAUCGUUCUCCUUGAUAAAGACAGGAUACCGACGCUACAAGCUGCAUGUGCGAUUCUAACACCAGUGGCAGCCUUUGAAAGCAGUGCCCUGUCUCCCAAGAAUGUUUCUUACCUUCGAAAUGAUCUUUUAGAUGACCAGAAUCUAUUGACGGCACCUAAGGAAGAAUCGAUCAGACUGCUACAUGCUUUGCUGAUAAGCGCGUUUUUAUGUACUCGAAUGGGAUGUGCCAUGAGCAUCAGACGAGCAGGAGAACUGGCAUUUGUGCAGGAUGAGCAUGAUCAGAUGCUGCGAUUUGCGAAUUUAAUGCUGCGAGUCGUUGAUGGGCCUAAAGAGGAUGAUAAGUAUUGGGUGCGGAUGAGAAAUGAAAUGCUGUGGCUGCGGAGCUGGGGCGCCGAAGAACUUUCGGAAGGUGCAGAAAAUUCGGUCGGAAGGGGCAUCCUAGGGAGAAUAUCGAAGGAGAGAAUUGAAGUGGAUUUUCUAAAAGGACUUCUGACGAAUACCCGCUUCAAACUCGCGAAUUCUAUCUACGAGACAUCCACGGAUGCCCCAAUCACACAGAAACUUCUUCACGAUACAAUCAUUUCUGCUGCCAUGAAUGCUUUCGACAAUGCAUCGAAUGCGAGCAGAGCUCGAGGUGGAGUGAAGAAAUGCGACGAGAUUCUCCAAGCAUUUCCCGUGACUCUGAGAGGAUCUCCAGAGCGUGAUGCCUUGAUUGCUCUGACGCAAGUUACGGAUGAGAUCGGUCAUUAUCGUCUGGUUCUAAGACAGGGAGAGCCUUUCAAGCCUGUCAACCUACGAGUUCACAGUGAUCCAAUCUCGAUCAUUGGGAAGGUGCUCGACCAGAACUCUCGGAGUUACACCAAAAUUAGAGAUUUCAUCGAGAUUGGAAACAAUAUGGUAUUAGCAGGCCUUACUGCUCGGGAUGAAAACGAUGCUCGAAUACGGGAUAUGCCGCAGACUGUCAAGGAUGAGCAGAUGAUUGCUGAAAAGCGUAUUGUCAGCAUGUGCAUCGAUGCAGCUUUGUCCGAAGACGAUUUCGAGACUGCAUAUUCGUAUGUUGUCACUCAUCUGAAGGACAUUGCGGGCCCAGCCCAUGCUAGAACUCCAGAACUUGAGAGGAAGAAGUCGGGCUUAUUUGCCGAACCACCUCCCAAAAUCAUUGACGAUUGGUCUUGGCGAGCAGCUUUGCAGACUGGGAAAUAUAGGCGCACUGCCCAUACUAUUAGGCCUACCCACCUUGGAAAUACUACUAGCAAUCUGGACAUCCGCCACCUUGAACAGCGAAUGGAGUGUCUCUCCCAUGCUCUCCGACUUGGACCCAGAGCAGCGCUGCAGGAGAUCCUCAAUGUCUAUCGUCGCUGUGAGGAAGAGCUAGAGUCGCUUGUGAAACAAGAAGCGGAACAAGAGGCUGCCUGGGAUGCUCAAAUAGACGACGAUUCGAACAUGCCAGGUGGCUUUGCUGAUACCCCGAUGAAGAAAAACGUGACCAUUAGCGGUUCAAGGGCUGUGGAAGAAGCUCCCAUGUCACUGUUUGAUCUUUCACGAGCAAGCAUGGCCAGAGCUCAAAGUGGCUUCUCAGCAUUGUCAAUGCUCCGAGGCAAUAACGACCAAGCGCGCACGCGCCCGAAUUCUAUUUCAAGUGGUGAAGGCUCGAGAGUGGUUUCGCUAACUUCAGAUGGACUAAAGGCGCCGAUGAGAAAGCGAGACCAGCUUAAGAAUGCUGCGGUUGGUGGGCUUGCUAGUGGUAUUGGGUGGGUUUUAGGAGCUCCACCAGCCCACAGGAGCGAUGGUGAAGAGUGAUUGAUUGGUACUGGAUCUUAUUGAUCAGAGCAUUUGCAUGUUAGCGGGCGUUUUGGAAAGGAUAAAGCAUACAGAACCCGGCGCUAUAGGUUCAACGAGGCGAUGAUCACCCUGUAUACCUAAAUGAUACGGUCUAUCCAUAGUGCACAUACGACCAUAAUCUUUUUGCAAUCCAUGCUGUAUUGAACUACU